AUGGAGAGAAAAACAGUGGCAAUCUACAUUCGGCUGCAUUGGCUCGUCCAGGGGGGGGGGGGGGGCGAAAUUGCACCCGCGUUCAAAUUUCACCGUUUCUGCAACCAACUAUCCUUUUUCUUUGUCUCUGACAAUUUGCAAUCAUUUUCAGUCAAUUUCUUUCAGAAAUUUUCAGAAAAAUACACAAGUAGAGAAUUUGCUCAAACUUUGGUCGUUGGUACUCUCAGACAGGUUGCUCUCGAUGUCACAAAUAAGUGA